AUGUCGUUCUUCGCGCGCGUUUUUCGCAAGGAUGGGAGUAGCAAGAAAAAGCAGAACGGCGCAGGCACUGAUGGACCUCCCAAACCGCAAUGGACAGACGCCUGGCUGCGAACAGAGGUUGGAGCCGAGGAGGUACAGGAGCUGAUACACGGAUGCACACAGGAAUUGAAAGCCAGAGCUCUCGACACCCCGUUUUUGCUCCUCCCAUUCCGCCCGACCUCAGACCCGAGCGCCGCUCGCACCUUUGUUCGUAAUUUCUUCGGCCCCUCUCUCGGAAGAACUUCACCCCUGCGAGGAGACAGCCUAUUGCAGGAGUUGCGGUUAACGGAGCCAAUGGUGCUUUGCAGUGUAAUGAAAUGGUGUUGGAGUAGACUUCCUGGGGGCAUCAUAACGUGGGAGGCUUAUGAACUAUUCAAAGUUGGCGAACAAGUUAACAAUCGCCCAGAUUCACAGCUCGCCCGUGAUGCGUUUUCGACCUUUAUUCCGAUCAGCGUGGAUUCAGAUGCCCGUACUAAGAUAAUUUUUGAUUUCUUUGAACUCAUGGCUGCGAUUGCCGCUCAUGGAAACAAGAAUGGUCUCGGAGGCCGAAAGCUCUCUAGAUAUGCUGGCUGGUGGGCUUUUGAGCAUACUGACACCGGUAACGGCUUCGAAGCAAGUUAUAAAACCUGGGCAGAGGCGGCUGAUGCAACAAGUCAUUUAUUUUUUGCCUACCUGCGCUCCCUUACUCCUGAUUCGAUCCGUGGCACCAAUGGCAUCGCCACUCUCCCAUUGUCCCUGCAGACGUUGGUGCAAGGAACAGAAUAUCCUCCGGAGCGACCUUCCCUACUCCAGACUCAGACAACCAAAGUUGUAAUGAUUGUUGAUACCGUCUCUCCAACGCCAUUUGCUCUGUUGCGACGAGCCAAAAACUUUGAAUAUCGGGACAGCGAUGUUGUUUUGAAGGACUUUUCAAGCUUGGAUGAUCCAGCCCAGGCAUUGAGUGACGAAUGCCGUCGCGUCCUACGGUGCAUUUCGACCGCAAACCAGUCCGAUGUCUCUACAACAAAGGCUUCCACGAGCUUACGUGAUGCUUCAUGGUCACGUUUCGAAGACAUCGGAUUUGGUGGUUCGAUCGAUGAAUCGGAUGAAGAAGACGGAACUGGUUUCGGAAGGACGCCACAGUUGGGCCUCAGGUCAGCGCCAGCGUCGCGCACUGCGGAUUUAGGACGUCCUACUACGCCCUCUUGGGCCGAUUUCUUAUCUUCUGGAUUUACAGAUGAACAACGGAACGGAAACCGCCCCGGACUACUCUUGCCGCCAGACAAAGUUCUCCCGCCCAUCCAGACUGUUCGCGGACAGAGCUCUCAGUCUCAUAAGCGCUCUUUCGACCAAGAAUCCACACUGGAUCCCGGUGAGCUGGCGAGUAUUUCGGUCUUAGACCUGGAUGAUUCAUUUUGGUGGGUUUGGAUUAGCAGUUUGGCUGGCGAAGAAACUGCGUCGCGAAAAGCGGUCUUUGGACGAUGUGCGCUGCUUGAGACUGUCAUUUCUAGUGGCAAGUGGCUCAUCCUUGAAGAGCAAGUCAAAGGUGCUGCACCUGAGCCCGAUGCUGGUGCCUAUAUUGCGGAGAAGAAGAGUUUCUUCGGCUUCCGGACAAGAAAAGGGCGGUUGACUCGACGUCAAUCUGCUGCAAAAAAGAAUGGUGAGCCGUAUAAAUCCACUAACAAUCCGGCGCCGUUGAGCAGAACGAGCAUUGGACCAGAUCAGCAUGCCAGGAUCCAGGCAGCUGCCGCUGCACUCCAAAGGAAACAUCGAGAGUUGGAGCAAGAACAGGCUAGGGCCGCCAGGACAAGGCAGGACGACUCAUACUCGACUAGAACUAAUUCUGUACUUACUUUACAGCCGUCCAUUUUGAACGAGGCAUCUCAUGCAAUGAAGUGGGCAAGCAACUAUGACAAAAAUGCUGUUAGGGCUGCUUAUCUUAGCAAUAACCGGGCUGGCACAGGUGUUCCCGCAGAGAAUCUGGAUAUUAGCUGGAAUGGUCGAGCCACAUCUAGCCUUGGUUCUGCCCCUGGACGGGAACCCACGCCUCCUCCAAAAGCAGAGCAGCGUGCGCCUAGAGAAUCUGCUUCCCCAUUACCGGUUCCGCCUCCCAAGGAAACGCGGCCGGCGCCGAAGCCAACUCCAGUGGCAGAUCCUACCCCUGCAAAACAAGAUUCUGGUGAGCGAACAUUUCCCAAACCGUGGCCAGCCAUUGGCAGAGCAUCCGGUGAAUCCACGCGUGAACUCAGAAAACUGAAAAAGAGACCAGGAACCUCCGGACUCAAGGCACUCUUUGCAAAGAAGAAGUCGGAGUUUGCUGGCAGAUCCUCCGUCGAGAGUACAUCCGCAACACCUGCGACAAGAACCAGCGCUGAAAGGUCGGGUGCAUUGACACCCAAGAGCACGACCGCUCAUCGGCUAUCCAGUGUUGGUCAAAAGCAAUCAUCUGAGGAGGCAUCUGUACCCGAGACCUCCAAGCCACCAGCUCCUCCCGUUGCCGAACGGAAGCCAGCACCUGCACCUGUGCCUGUAUCGGCCCCUGCUCCUGCUCCGGUGACUUAUGAUGGCCCACCAAAACACCGCAGAGAAGCCGAAUUCGAUAGCCUUUCCCGUGUGAACACCAAUGAACAGGCAGAGGCGGAUCAACACUUUUCCAACUUUGAUCACCAGAGCCCAAUAGUUGAUCAGCCUGCUUUUGCCCCUAUCGACACUCCAAGCACAGAAUCCUCCGUUGAAAGAGCACCAACACCUCCACAUGUUGAAAAGCCGACAGAACCAACCACGGUGAAUGGACGUGAUAGUGCUCCUAGCCCCGUGCCAGAUGAAGCGCCAAUGCAGGCUCAGCAUCGAUGGGCACAAAUCCGAAAGAAUGCCGCUGAGAGAGCAGGCAUGGCUGAAGAAGUUAUCGCAAAGAAACCCGUGCCAGAGAAACCUAAUACUGAAGAUCAAACUCAUGAAUCUAUUGAAUUGCGGGCUGCACGUAUUCGCGCCCGCGUUGCUGAAUUAACCAAGAACAUGGAAGCUUCGCGAUAG